AUGUGCCGAGAGCAGAUACAUGAAGGAAGAAAAGUAUGCACACUUGCGCAUACACUCCUUGCAGUUGUUGGCAUUCGUGAUCUGUUAGAGGUGGCACCGAAUGGAACGGCCAAAGCGCUGCUCCCCCUGACCCCCAACAAGCUGCAAGGUACACCGCCAGCACUACCUCUUUACUUGGAAGUAGCGAUAAAGUCCAGCGUCGACAUUUUCUACUUUAAUGUGCCCUACGACUUGUCAGCGGUAUUGAUGGACAGCGGGCCGGUUCCAAAAGACGACUUCCAGCGGGUCUGGCAGAACCAGUCCGUGCAGAAGGCGAUGUCCCAGGGAGUCUUCGCGCAGAGAGUGAUGCCAGAGAUGGUUGCUGCAAGGUUGCAGCAGUACUUCUGCUACGUGGUCGUGAAGACCCAGGGCCAGGAGGCGGAUUCGCUUUACAUCAGCUGCACCACCAGCAACAAGCUGACGGUUUUCUGCGAGCUGAGCUUGCAGAAGGGAGGGCCCGGAGUGAGGGCCCAGUGCUGCUCUGAGCAGCCUGUGAUGGUGCCCCUCUUUCAGAGCUUCCUCUCAGAGCUGCUGCAGGUGAAGUGGCAGCAGGGUGGUCCUCCCGUGGCCGGAGGGUCCUCCGUCCUGUUUCAGUCCGGACAGGGUUUCUGGCGAUUUCAACGAUGCAAUUCUCCGAAGCAUCCCGGGUUUGCAGAGUACCAGCUAGUCAUGUUUUGGCGAACAACAGUCGCCCGUGUACGCCCAGGCCGCGCGGAUGAGUGCCGGCUGGAGGAGAAAAAGUUGGGCCUUUGGGGCAUCGCAACUUCCGCGGUUGCGAUCACUACUUUCUACUCAAUCUACGAGAGCUCGCACGGACUAACGAUCAGUAGCCUUGUCUCCGCACAUUCAGGACAGCACAUCGCCGCAGUGCACUUGUGA